AUGGUCCGUGGUUCGAACCCGACCUAUGCAUCUCCACUUCUCCUGUCUAGGUUUGGGAGACCUAGCAAUAUCCCAGCCGUCGUGCUUCCUUCGGGUGGCAUGGCCGCUACGAACCGAAAAGGUGUUACAGAGUAUUACUUGAAACUGGAUAUCACUCAAGAGACCAAAUACACGGGGAUACAGAGGGACUUACGACGCAUACUCCGGAGAAUCGUACGACGGAGCGCGAAACGCUUGUGCUGCAUAGUGGACUGUGAAGGGCAUGGCAAAAAGCCUGCUCGAGCCCAUCCCAAAGUUCCGUUAUUCGAGCAGACGCUGAUAGAUUGGCUGCAGCGCGCCGCAUGGCAAAAUGAUGAGCUGGGGACGGAAACGCAGCAUCUCGGCUGCUCUUGUCUUGGGCAACCUGGUGGUAUCCCAGCCCUCGUGUUUCCUUCGGGUGGCAUGGCAGCUGGGCACCGAAAGGGUGUUACAGCUGAACGAUUAUUAUUGUUGAAGAACAACCAGUACUGUUCCUCCAUCCCAGAACACCAUAGAAUAUUAAGGGAGUUAACUUGA